GUUAGAAACAUCAGUAAUAUAGAAAACUAUGUAUACUUCCUUGAUUCAAUUCAAUCAGAACUUGUCAAGUUAUUAAAAUCAAUUGCGACAUACAUCCUAUAAAGUUCAAUUUAAAGCUAGAGGCUAGAUACAAUAUUCCGCACGUAGAAUAUUCGUCUGAAAACCGUGCAUUUAAAACUUCAGCUAGGGCGAUUUUCACUGAUACUGGAGUACAAGAAAUAGUUGAAGAGGUAUUUACAAAAUUAAUGACAGAUGAAACUGAGUAUUCGAGCAAGGGUAGUGGCUUUACAUUACAGUGUAUACAUUUCUUAAUGUUGGGUGUAUAUAAAUAUACACCUUUGAGUGGAUCUUCCUACAUGGCAUUACCAGAUUCAAUAGAAAAUGAAAAAGCCACUAUAAACCCUCAAAACCUGGACAUGCAAUGCUUUAAAUUGGCAAUUUUUGCCAGACAUGUGACAGGAAGAAAUAAAGCUUAUGUUGGUGAAAAUUAUUUUGAACACGAAGGACGAUAUAAUUUUUCUGAACUAUCGUUCCCGACACCUCUUCACCAAGUAAACAUUUUUGAAAGAAAAAUUCCGAACGUCUCUGUCAAUGUUUACGGUAUCGAAAAGCAAUGUCAACCUCCAAAAGUUAUUAAACAUCUAGUAUUUCCACUAAAAGUAGUAGAUGAAGAAAAACCCAAUCAUUUCGAUCUACUAUUAAUAUCAGACAAAGAGAACAGCCGCUUUACCUACAUCUCUAAUUUUUCUAGACUCGUUCGCUCACAAAAUACCAGACAUAAUGGACAAAUAAUUUUUUGUAAACAGUGCUUUACAUCAUUCGACGGACAACAGUACAAAUAUAAAUUGAAUGGAGAGGUUGGACUAGCACAACAUAAGCUAAAAUGUGGCACACAUAAACCCAUUCUACCUCAGAUGCCUGAACCUGGAACAAUGCUAGAGUUUACUAUUUGGAAAAAAACAAAGUCUUCUGAUAGUAAUUUACGUCAAUUUUGA